AUGAAGAGGGAAAACCAAAGCCAGGUGACUGAGUUUGUUUUGAUUGGAUUUUCCAUUUUCCCAGACCUGCAAGUGGGACUGUUCGUGGUGUUCCUCCUCAUGUACAUAGUGACAUUGGCUGGAAACCUAGCCAUAAUGAUCAUUAUCAGGAUUGACAGGCGCCUACACACUCCCAUGUACCUUUUCCUGGGUGUUCUGUCCUUCUCUGAGACCUGCUACUCCUUAGUAAUUAUCCCUAAAACGCUGGUGAACUUGGUGGUAGACAUCCGAACAAUCUCAUUCACUGGAUGUGCCACACAAAUGUUUUUCUUUCUUGGACUGGGUGGAACAAAUUGCUUUCUCCUGACACUAAUGGGCUAUGACCGGUAUCUAGCAAUAUGUCAUCCCUUACACUAUGCAAGCCUCAUGAGCAGACAAAUUUUCAUUAAGCUUGUGGCUGGGACAUGGCUCAGUGGAUUUCUAUUAUCCCUGGUAGAGACCAUUUUGAUAUUUCAGUCUCCUUUUUGCAGCUCUAACACUAUUAACCAUUUCUUUUGUCAUAUGAGGCCAGUGAUCAAGUUGGCCUGCACAGUUGACAACACCAUUGAGACUGUGAUCUCCCUGGUCUCCAUUGUAGGCUUGUCAGGCAGCUUUCUGCUCAUAGUAUUAACAUACAUUUUCAUCCUGAGCACUAUCCUGUGGCUGCCAUCGGCCUGUGGAGAAAGGGAUAAAGCUUUUUCCACCUGUGCUGCCCACCUCACCGUGGUAAUCAUGCACUUUGGAUUUGCUUCCAUUAUUUACCUAAAACCAAACUCACCUGGUGUGUCAGAUGAUGACACACUGAUAUCUGUGCCCUACACCAUUCUCACACCAUUCCUCAGCCCCAUGAUCUUUACCUUGAGAAACAAGGAAACGAAAAUUGCCCUGAAAAAAGCAAUAGGCAGAGAAAUCACACUGGUACAUAUGGUAUAGGGAAGAACAAAAUCAGGUUAUCUAUGCUUAGCAAUUGUUCUGGUUAUAAAAAUGUCAGCAAAGUCCUGAGAAGACUAAACAAUAGGGCUAAAGCAUGGACCUACAGUGUGGGAAAAGGAAAGUUAUGCUUUAGUGACAUCCAUUGGUUCUUGAUGGGAUUAUACAGCUGUCACCCAGGGCAUAAUAUGGCCUGCUGUACCUUAUUACUCCUAAAAUUCCAAAUCUUCUCCCUCUGUUCUCAUGAAAGUUUGCAAGUUUUUUUGGAAUAAGCUGUCACUUUCUCUCUUAGCAGUUUGAGCUCUCUGCAGAUCACGUCAGUGAUGAUGAGACUCACAAGAACUGAGA